GUUACAAAAGGUGGGGGCUAUGAACGACUUCAGUAGGUUAGCUAAGUAUCACCCUCAAGUUUUACAGCCAGAGCUACAUGCUGCUGUUCUAGUUGUGUUACCAGAAAUUCGGAAUUUGCGGUCCACUGUUUCCCGGGCGGCAAUUACUACACUCGGUGAAUUUUUUUUGAAAUUCACUCGGCAUAUGGAGCCAGACUUAGACCUGAUCACCAAGACACUUCUCCAUAAGUCGGGAGAAAACGUAAGUUUUCUUCGAGAAGACAUUGACCGAACUUUGAAAUACCUGGUGGAGGGAGUGUCCUCACAGAAAGCUGCCUUGGCUAUUGUAGAUGGAGGAGCUAG